AUGGACGGGACUGCACCGGCGCCGCCAUCGCUCGCCAACGACCUGCGCACCCUCUUCGACCUCAUUUCCCGACUGAGCUACUUCCUCGCACACACCGCCGUGCACUUUACCGCUCGAGCAAUCGCCUUCCUCACCCUCACCCUCCCCGCAUCCACCUUCUCCCUCAUCCACUACUCAGCCUCACUCACCUUCCACCUAACCUUCCUCAAGCUCCUCGCCUUCUUCCUGCUCGUGUCGACCGUCGCGAGCUAUGUCUGGAAGGUCAGGUACCUCAAUAGGUAUACCGAGUUGAGGGACUUGCCCGGAGGGAAUCGCAUUAAAGGGAACGAGGGAUUCGACCUGCAUCCGGACCUCGCAACAGACCAGGCGUCGAGCGGCUUCCACAACUACCUCGACGAGUUCCUCUCGGCAAUCAAGGUCUUCGGCUACCUUGAGAAGCCCGUCUUCCACGAGCUCGCCCGACAUCUCCAAACCCGCCGCCUUGUCGCAGGCGACACCCUCGACCUCUCCCGCGACAAGUCCUUCUACAUCGUCGUCGACGGCCGAGUCGAAGUCUACGCGCGCAACCCCUCCGCACAGCAUGGGGACGAAGCGGCCACCGAGGGCUACGAGACCGAGGAAGAGGACGAGGAGGGCAAAGAGUGGCAGUUGUUGAAUUGCGUCGAGAGCGGAGGAACGCUUUCGAGUUUGUUCACGAUUCUAAGCUUGUUUACGGAGGAUGUCAAGAUGCGGUAUGAGGAGGAGCAGGUCAGGACGGAGGAGUCAUCGGAUGAGGGCGGGCCGUCACCGGCGAGGGAACGGGAUGCGGACGUCUCGGCGUUCGACCUGGAGGGCGGGUCGGCAAGCGGCGCGGGACGACCUGUUCGCCCGCAUUUCCCCGGCUACAACAGCACGAACACGGCGCGACUGGGCGAGGAGACUGAGGAUGCGGAUGACGAAGGCGCAGCGGCGACUGCGGCAGGCGAGGAAAGUGAGUCGACACUUGCGAUGAGCGGAGCGGAAGUCGAAGAGGACCGAGGAAGGCUCGACCACCUCGACGUGUCCAUCGCGCCCUCGGACUCUCGCUCGAACGCCACGACUCCCUCGCUCGCUCGCUCGCCCGCUCUCGGUGCGACAACCGGGUUCUUCUCGCCCCCGCUCACUUCGCCCACAUCCCCUUCCGUCGGCAGUGCCGGCUCUCGCAAGUCUUCUCUCGGCCGCCGCCCUGCCGGUCUCUCCUUUACCUCCGCCGCUUCUUCGUCUCGCCCUCGCGCUACCUCCCGCCCGAACGCUCCUACCCACCUCAACUCCUCCGCCUCUGGCUCUCGCAUCCGGCCCCCGCAGAAGCCUCACGCGCAUCACCAGCACCACCACCACCACGCGCAUGCGAAGAGACGGCAGUCGACUGGCCCUGCGAGCAUGGCGAAGGAAGCGACGAUUGCCAGGGCUGCGACGGACACGACGCUCGCGGUCAUCCCGGCUGAGGCUUUCAGGAGGCUUACGAAAAAGUUCCCGAACGCGGCUGCCCACAUCGUCCAAGUCAUCCUCACCCGCCUCCAGCGCGUUACCUUCCUCACCGCGCACAAGUACCUCGGCUUGACGCGCGAAGUCGUCCGCACCGAGCAAGCCAUCAACGAUCUCGCUUGCUACCCUCUUCCCCCGGCGUUCUGGGAAUCGGGCGGGAUACAGCGGCUGAGGGCGAGGUUCGUGCCGGAGACGAAGCUGGAUGGGCCGGGCGAGGAGGAAGGCAACGGUGACUGGGAGCAGAGGGAGGACUACUUCGGCUCGCGACGGGAUGUGCUAAGCAUGAAGGGCGACGCGAAGGGUGGACACCAAGGUCACCGUGCAGGAGCGAUGGCCAGGCGCCUGAACAUGCCUCUCGAGACGCCGUACGCCGGUCCCCGCAUGGGUGGCGUUUUCUGGGACUCUUCGAACGACGAGCACUCGUCCGACAACGCAGUCCGCCUCAAGUACCGCCAACCCGGCUCGUCUUUCACCACCUCGCCUAAGAGCCGCAUGCGGACUCUUGGUCCCGCUCCGCCAGGCGCCAAGUCGGCCGCUCUCUCGCGCAAGGCCGGCGACCUGCUCACGAUGAGUACGGUCUCGGAAGACAUGCGCGGAGCCGGCAGCACCGUCAUCCAGACCCCUCGCCUUGAGCGCCUCAAUACCUCGAACUUGUACGAUAACUCGGAGCGCGACUUUGACUUGCGCGACGCGGUCAUGGAGUGCAUCUCGAAGGCGAUCGGUCUCGUCCAGCCACAUGUCACGCCUUCUCACUCGGUCGACGCCUCGCCCAUGGUCCGUCCACACGAACACCACAACGGCAAGAGUCUGCGCGACCAAGCCGUCUUCAACUCGUCCUUCGGCUCGCUCUCCUUCCUCGGCUUGCAAGGCUUGCACGACGACGAGUCGUCCACUUCGUCUGGCUUCUCCGCCUUGCGCGAGGAGAACGGACGCGACGCCGGCGCAGUCGGCAGCUUCGCCAGCAUGGACCUCGAGAACGAGGUCGAGAUCCUCUACUUCCCGACGGGCAGCGUGCUCGUCAAGGAGGGCGAGAAGAACGCGGGCCUGUACUUCGUCAUCGAAGGUUUCCUCGACGUCAGUAUGCCGGAGGCCGAGUCGGCGCAGGCAGCUAGGGGUCAGAUGCCGCGGCGCACUUCGCAUGACGACGACGACCCUCCUUUGAAGGGACCUGCCGUCGGCAGGCACGGCUCGAAGACCGGCAGCACGACUCGCCCGAAAAUGUCGUCGGCUCGCUCGUCCUUCCGCGAAGGCGUCGGCGCCACCGGUCCGACUACGGUCCGCAAGCCCGUACCCUCGACGGCGGCCAGCGGUUCCGCACCUCCGCCGCAACAACCGAAGACCAAGUCGAUCCACCUCUUCACCGUCCGUCCGGGCGGGAUCGCCGGCUACCUCUCAUCCCUCUCCGGCUUCCCCUCGUACGUCGACAUCAAGGCCAAGACCGAAUGCUACGUCGGCUUCCUUCCCGCUAAGUCGCUCGAGCGGAUCAUGGACCGCAAACCCAUCGUGCUCCUUACUCUCGCAAAGCGCCUCAUCAGCCUUCUCUCGCCGCUCGUCCUUCAUAUCGACUCUGCGCUCGACUGGAUGCACGUUAGCGCCGGUCAGGUCAUCUACCGAGAGAAUGAUCCUGCCGACUCCUUCUACAUCGUCAUCAACGGACGACUGCGCUCGAUCACGGAGCGACAAGGCGGCGGCGUGCAGGUCAACGGAGAGUUCGGCCAGGGUGAGUCUGUCGGCGAACUCGACUGCAUCACCGCAUCGCCUCGCCCUUCAACUCUGCACGCCAUCCGCGACACCGAGCUCGCGAGGAUGCCGAUGACACUGUUCAACGCCAUCUCGGUCCGCCACCCACUCGUCACCAUCCAGAUCAGCAGGAUCAUCGCGGCGAGGCUGAGGACGCAGGUUGCGCGGGAGGCGAAGAUGGCGGGUGGACUGCCGAAAGAGCUGGGCAUGCCCGGCAUGGGCGACGGCUCGAUGGGCAAGAACAACUUCAACCUCAAGACCGUCGCCAUCCUCCCUACGAACCGACAUGUCCCGGUCUCCGAGUUCGCCGCCAAGCUUCACCAGGCGCUCGAGACAAUUGGGGCGCCCACCUCGUACCUCAACCAGGCAACGGUCAUGCAGGUCCUCGGUCGUCACGCUUUCAGCAAGAUGGGUCAGCUCAAGCUCGCCGGCUGGCUUGCCGAGACGGAGCAGAAGUACCGUAUCGUGCUCUAUGUCGCCGACACUGCCGUCUCGGCGCCAUGGACUCAGACGUGCAUCCGACAAGCCGACUGUAUCCUCGUCGUCGCAGACGGAGGUGCCGACCCUGAGCUUGGCGAGCACGAGAAGCUUCUCGUCAGUAUGAAGACGACGGCUCGCAAGGAGCUCGUCCUCCUGCACGCCGAGCGAAACGUCGUUCCCGGCACGACCCGCCCUUGGCUCAAGAGUCGCCCGUGGGUCCACGCGCACCAUCAUGUCGAGAUGCUCGGCGCGACACCCGAAGUCAACCGCUCAGAGUUGCACGACCCUGCGGCCGUCGUCGCACUCCGCAAGAUUGCCGCACGCGUCGAGUUGCAGAUCAGCAAGUACAAGAAGACGCAGCCCCGACCAGCACCUCAGCGUGCACCCGCCCUGAACGACUUUGCACGUCUCGCUCGUCGUCUCUGCGGCAAGUCCAUCGGUCUCGUCCUCGGUGGUGGCGGAGCUCGCGGCAUCUCGCACAUCGGCGUUCUGCGCGCCCUCCACGACCGCAACAUCCCGGUCGACAUGGUCGGCGGCACGUCCAUCGGAGCGUUCGUCGGCGGUCUCUACGCUCGCGAAGGCGACCUCGUCUCGACGUACGGCCGCGCCAAGCGAUUCAGUGGCCGCAUGUCGACGCUUUGGCGUAUCCUCACCGAUUUGACCUACCCCGUCGUCGCCUACACGACCGGCCACGAGUUUAACCGCGGUAUCUACAAGUCGUUCUACGGUACCCACAUCGAAGACAUGCGAGUCGCGUGGCUCCCCUUCUUCUGCAACACCACCAACAUCACGCACUCGCGCAUGGACGUACACACGUCGGGCUACGCCUGGCGCUACGUCCGAGCCUCGAUGUCGCUUGCCGGUCUCCUGCCGCCUCUCUGCGACGAAGGUGACAUGCUCGUCGACGGAGGCUACGUCGACAACCUGCCGGUGUCGGUCAUGCUGGAGCAAGGCGCGGCUUCCGUCUUUGCGGUCGACGUCGGCUCCGUUGACGAUACCUCGCCGCGCAACUACGGCGACACCAUCUCCGGCUGGCUUCUUCUUCUCCAGCGCUGGAAUCCCUUCGGCAAGCCCGUCAACAUCCCCAACAUCACGGAGAUCCAGUCGCGCCUGACCUACGUCUCGAGUGUCAAGAUGCUCGAGGAGGCCAAGGCGACUCCUGGCGUGCUCUACAUGCGCAUGCCCGUCACGCAGUUCGGCACGAUGGACUUCAAGCGCUUCGGCGAGAUCCUCGACGUCGGCUCCGAGUUCGCCAACUCGCUCCUCGACGAGUGGGCUACGAAGGGAGAGCUGCCGUCGGGCACCGAAGGAGACGUCGCGGUGAGCAAGAAGCAGCGUCGCGGCCAAGCCAUCCGCAGGAACUCGAUCUGA